GUCUGUUACGAGGAGCGUCCGCGCGUGCUUUUCACCGCUGAUUCGGAUUCCUGACCACCCGUCAAAAACCGGCCGCUGUUGAAACGUUCGCGUUCCGGGUUUAAUACAAACCGACGUCGUGUCCGUGCGGAGGAUACUGGGAGCCCGCAGACGGAGUCGCUUCAACAGCGUUCAAAGGACGUUAUUUAUUUAAGAGUGGUGACGGAGACUCGGUGGUUUGAUUGUUCUUAUCUGUAUGUCGGCGCGAUCAUGUGCUCCUGAAGUAUUGUGCCGAAAAACGUAAUAUGAAUUUGUGCCCAUAUCGUUGCCUCGCAUCGGUGCAUACGACAUGCAGCGUGACCAUGUUUGACCGAGUGAGCGUGACCGUCGCCGUCGCAGCCGCAGCGCGUCUUCUCAAGGGAUCCUUCCGUGCUCCUUCGGCGACCGACACUUGAGUCCUGGCGGAGCGUCUUAAGCGAGGGAACUGGAAGCAACGGGCCGUCUACAAGGGAGGGAAUGUUGCUGGAGUCGCGUACCUUCGCCGGCUGCAGGAAGAGACACGGACUGACGGUCAGGACUGAGACCCGGGGCGGUGGCGCUGCAGAAGAGGAAUCCUCCUGCUCGCGCCUCCUCGGUAAAAUGCAGAGCGAGUCUACGACUACCACGGUUAAUUCUGCUGGAAUACCGCGGUGCAACCGAGACGACGGCGACGAGAGCUCGAGCCCUUCGCCCAACAGCAGCAUACCUGGGCUGCUCAACAACCUCAGCAACAAUUGCAACUCCAAUCGGCCAUGCGCCACGGACUUCAGCAUAGCGGCCAUCAUGGCACGGAGAGAUUCACGCAACCAGCAGCAGCAGCAUCAUCAUAACCGGAACUCGCAGCAACAAGCCGUCGGUGGAGGAAAACUCCAUCAACACGAAAGGGAACCGGGUGGCUCAGGCGUUUCAAGGGGAAGACCGCCGCCUUUGGAUAAUGUUGACACGGAGGAAGAACCGGAAAAUGAUGACGCCGGAAGCACGAGUGGCAAGGCUGCGUCACCCGCAAAUCCUCUGCUCCAGGAGCGGUCGAAUUGCGAAGAACUCAGGCACGUCGUUUGCCAUUUGGAGACCAAGGAGCUCUGGGACAAGUUUAACAAGCUGGGUACGGAGAUGAUCAUCACCAAAACGGGACGGCGAAUGUUCCCGACUUGUCGGGUGUCCUUUAGUGGCCUGAGGGCGGAGGGUCGCUAUGCAGUACUGAUGGACAUCGUCCCCGUGGACAACAAGAGGUAUCGAUACGCCUACCACAGGAGUUCCUGGCUCGUAGCCGGAAAAGCUGAUCCACCCGCGCCUGCCCGUCUCUACCUUCACCCCGACUCUCCCUUUACCGGGGAACAGCUGCGCAAGCAGGUCGUCUCCUUCGAGAAGGUCAAGCUGACCAACAACGAUUUGGAUAAGCUCGGACACCUUGUGCUUAAUUCGAUGCACAAAUAUCAGCCCCGCAUUCACCUUGUGAUACGUCCCGACUCCGGCGCUGGAGGACCGAUUUUGGAUCUCGAGCAGGAACCUUACAAAACGUUCGUCUUCCCGGAGGCCAUUUUUACAGCCGUAACCGCCUACCAAAAUCAACUCAUUACGAAACUGAAGAUUGACAGCAAUCCCUUCGCCAAAGGUUUCAGAGAUUCUUCUCGACUAACCGAAUUCGAGAGAGAGACGAUGGAGUCAAUGCUGGCGGAGCAGCAAUACCUGCGAUCGCCGUUGCGGCUCUCCUACGAAAUGGAGCAGCUCCAGGCGGCGGGAACCACGAGCAACCUAAGCCUCGAGGAGAAGGCCCUCCUGGCAGCUCGAUCUCAGCUCUUCCUGCGGGCGGCGGCAGCCGCGGCGGUUGGGCCUUACACACCCCUUGUUAACCCAGCGUUGAUGUACUCCGGUGUCGCCGCGGCAGCUUCCUCGAGUCACCACCACCACCAGCAGCAACAGCAGCAGCAGCAGCAACAGCAACAACAACAGCAGCAGCUCUGGUGGGCCUCGUCGAUCGGGCCCACUCUAUUCGCGGCGGCGCAUCAUCACCAUCAGCAACAGAUCGCGGCCUCGAACGCGCAGCAACAGGCCGCAACUGGACCAGCGGCGCCCCGCCCACUUUACCCUUCCGCCCUGGCCUUGGCCCAUCACCGUUUCUCUCCGUAUCACACGGCUAACCCUGUCUCGGCAGUCACAUCCUCCGCACCCUCGCCCUCGCCAUCCAGGAGGGCUACACCCUCACCGACCGACAGUCUUUGCUGCGAGGCCCAGGACCUCUCGCCCUCCUAGUCCGACGCCGCCUUUCCUCUUCCUCUUACUCUGCGUAAAUGUCAUCGGUAUUUUCAACCCCCUCGAUCGCUAAGCCCGGUCUCCUCCUCACCGACCGCUCUGCCCCACCUCUGAGCAUCCGUUUGGCCUCGAUUCACACUGAAAUGUUAAUCGCUAUGCGGUACAAGUGAAAAUUUUUAUCAAUUUGACAAAAUUUUGUCUCAGAGACAAUUUUUUUUCGUUAGUACUCUUACGGUAAUCAAACCCUGAUACUAAAUAUCCACAAGAAAGAAGUUGAGGGUGCAAAUUUACGCCCAAGUUGAGGGAUUUUUUUUUUUUUUUUUUCUCGUCAGGGUAAGUGAAACAAACUCGUACGAAUUGUGAGAAAUAUUUUUGUUUUCGUCGUAUUUGGUGACUCCGUAAAUUAUUUUUUGUGUGUAUGCGAAUGUUUUAAAACUCGCAGUGUUCGUGAUAGUGUAGAAUUUUCCUUGUGGGAAUAUUUCUAUGUAAAAAAUCGUCGAAGUUUAGGAAAAGUCGGAAGAUAUCAAAAUUGUUACAACAUUUAAUUUUGGUGAUUAUUUCUUAUCAUUUAUCGGUAUUUCUCACCUGUGAAAUUUGGUAAUUUGAAAUUUAUUUGAAAAACUCGUCAAAUUCUCGGAGACUCGUUGCCGGAAAAAUUUUGUGAAUUGCCGAUAUAUUUGAAGAAAAUCAAAAAACCGUCAAUGUCUUCUGCGGUGAAAAUUGAGAGCAAUGUACGUGCUAAUUUUUUUUUUUCAACAUUUGUGAAUACAGUGUAAUUUUUUAGAGGAAGAUUUUCAGUAAGGCAUCAUCAUAGCAAGAAAAUAAUUCCAUCACUUGAAAUGAUACCGAGUGCAUGUUUCAGUGAACAGUAAGGUACGAAAUUUUCCACUUGAUGAAAUUUGCUACCUACAGCAGAUUUCAAAAAGCUGCCGUUUAGCUUCCUAUCAAGAAAACGGAGAUGUCGUUUAAUAGAAAAUACAAAACCUGGCAGUAAGUCUUGUCUUGUGAGAUCACUGUUACAGCUGUUCGAGAACACUUCGAUAAAGGCACGAGAGAAAGGUAUUCUUGUAAAUAAAUUUCUGGAGGAAAACAUUAUAACUGUAACCUGGCUACCCUCGAAAGAUGUACGACAUUGUAUCGAGUACUACUAUGUAAAUAUCAACUAUAGGUUAUCCGCCUCUACUACUGUAAUAUAAGCUGUAUAUUUCGUAUCAUGACUUAUUGUUAUUGUUAUUUAUGUUUUAACGGCUAUUCAUUGCCAUUGUUAAAAAAAGUACAGGAUACGUUGUCUCCGUAGUUGAUAUUCAUUGAAGAUGAACCACAGGCGAGAUAUAUCUAAAUUUGUAAGAAAGAAACCUAAGAGUGCAGAAGUUAGAGAAACAGAUCCCCAGAGUUCAGUUUUUAAAGAUUAUAAUACAUUUGGGCGUGAUUAACCACUUUCACGUGAUGUGUACUUUUAUUUUUCAAAGAUUAUCAUAACGUCAGAGCCUCGGGAAACUAUACACCGAAACGCGUAUGCGCCAGCUUUUUUUCGUUUGCUGAAGCAGGUUGACCAACUUGGUCUGAUUGGAUCCCAGCUCGAUUUGUCCAGAUUUGUAAAUGCUUGAGGUUAGGAUGAAUUGUAAGGUGGACUCAUUGUUAGUUACGGAAUAGUCUAUUCAAUUUCACAAGGAAAUGAAAUUUCGAAGUUGAGUGGAUUAACGUGACGGACAAUAAAUAAUCAAAUCGUAGCAGGUAUUCUUGAUCAACCAAGGCAAGUUGGUUAAUAUUGAAAUUUAAAUAUCUUAAUCCAGUUCUUAUCCGGUUGGCGAGCCUGACGAGCAGACGAAACUUGAAGCGUGAUUUAGUCCGAUUAUCCAAUGAAAUCGAAUUAUUUGGCACAUUCACAUUAGGGUGUGCAGUUUCUUAAAAUUGUCUCACCAUUUGCACUUCCAGAAAUAUAAUGUAUUUUGUACUAUUUUUACAAUUACACCAUAAUAAUAUGAUUAUUACUGCUACCAUGAUUAGUAUUAGCAUAUAGCGAACGUUAAAUUGUUAAUGCUUGUGUUGUGAGAACGCCUACCUAUCACCGUGCAAGUUGUCCCUUGUAAAUAUACCCUAUAAUAAACUCUUGUACUGAA